UCAUUUCAACCAGACAUUUGGACAUUCAAGCCUUCGAAUCUCCAGCUAAUGUUGGCUACAUGCGAAGACAAGUCAAAUUUCAGUUAUCAAGUAUCUGGGACAAAUCUAAAGUUAAUGUUACUGCAUUCGAAGGCUCCAACAAAUAUGCAUCACACCUACCUUCAUCAACGGAUGUUUCACUCUUUGCUAAAAACAAGCGAAUGAAACUUGCUGAUCCAGAUGAUUCAUUGUCGAACUUACUAAUUGAGAUUUUAAUCAGUGCAGAUUUCUACUGGAUUGUUAUGAAUUCUGAAGCUCAAGUCAGGUUGUCGGAUUCUCUGGCCUUGGUCCCAUCAAGUUUUGUUGAUGUGGAAAUCACAAAUGGAGAAAUUAAGUGGCGUAUAGUUUUUGAUGCAUCUUCGCAUUCUCCAGGUCAUCCAUCUUUGAACGACGCUCUUGAAGUAGGACCAAAUCUUCUUCCUGAUAUCUUAGCCACAUUGUUGAGAAUUCGACUUUCUAAAAUAGCAAUCACUAGUGAUGGGCGACAAGCAUUUCUGCAGCUGAUUCUAGCAGAAGAAGACAGAGAUGCAACACGAUUUAUUUGGUACAAUACUACAUAUACUCCUGAUGGGACAUUCUGCACUGAAGAUAACAUUGUAACUUACCGAUUCACACGUCUUCCAUUUCGACUUGUCUCUAGUCCAUUUUUAUUAGCAGCUUCUCUUCGUGAAUUGGCUACAAAACACAAACAAGCAUAUCCUACAGCAACUAGAUACGUUGAAAAUAACAUUUAUAUGGAUGAUUUUGUAACGGGAACAUCUAUGGAUACUGAAGCUCUGAUUCUUUACCAAGAACUGCAGCAACUUACAUCACUUAUUAGCCUACCAUUAGACAAAUGGACUACAAAUUCUAAGAUUUUGAAAGAUAUGUGGAAACAAGAAAACGUCUCGUUUAAGGAUAUUACGCAGGUCUUGAGUGUUAAAUGGUAUACUAACAGUGAUGUUUUUCAAAUUGAUGUGCAGACAAAAAUUGUUCAAGCAUGUAAAGAACCAGUAACAAAACGCUUACUACUGAAGUUGAUGUCAAAGUUUUACGAUCCUCUAGGCUUGUUUGCUCCAGUUACAGUAGUUGUGAAGAUAUUGUUUCAAGAUACAUGGUUUAGUGGUAUUCAGUGGAAUGAAAUACUACCUCCAUCUGUAGCACAGCAGUGGCACAAGUGGAUAAAUGAAUUACACUAUCUGAAUGAAAUAUGCAUCCCAAGAUGGAUCGGCUUUUCCGAAAAUUCCGACGCUACCAUACAUGUGUUGUGCGACGCUUCGGAACGUGCAUAUGGUGCUCGUCACGCAGAUGAUAUUUCUUCAGAGAUCCAUCUCAUUUGCAGUCGAAAUAAACUAGCCCCAAUCAAAAGGGUAACCCUUCCGAGGCUUGAAUUGUCAGCUGCACUACUAGGAACUCGCCUACUCCAGUAUUUUUGCAAGGAAACGAACAUGAAUUCCUAUGGUGCGAUUCUACUGUAG